GUGUAAUACAUACACUGAAAUCGGCCGUCAUUUUACUUAAUCCGGUCACUAUGAUUUGGAGACCUCUGCUAGCUCCCGUAACCUGAAGGUAGGCCAGCUAGCCAGUCGGGUAUCCGACCUAGUUCACAACAGCGAGCGUUACAUCACUUUGGGUCGUUUCCACCUGGGAAAAAUCGGCCUGAAUGAGCCACCAACGUUACUUCUGUACACAAUAGACAGUGGGGCAUUAGUAUGACACACUGACCUGUCAGCCUCGAGGAAUAACGCGACGGCUACUGUGACUUAGCAUUUUUAUUUUUCCGGGGGGCUGUCAAGACGCGACUGGUUUCAUCGUUUUCUGUAAGCUGACUCUUUUUAUUCUGUCUCCUUGUCAUGCUAUUGUGAAAAUUAGCAUUUGUCUGGUUAUAUUAGCUUAUGUUACUGGCUACUAACUGCUCAUUUGUAUCCGUGUGUGUUGUUUGUCUUCUGAACCUGGUGUGACUGUCAUUUCCACGGACAGAGACGCUGGUUAGCACUGGCUCGGGCCCUGCUUAAGUAGCUUACAGUAACCUUUUUACUGACUCUGGUAGCUGCGUUGUUUAUUAGCUGUUUAUUGCUGGUAGGAUACGAGAGGAGUCGCUGUAGCAGCAGUAACUCAAACUAGCUUGUGAAUUUUAGGAAUUUUCUUAGAAAUGUGUCUCUUCAGUGGAUGACCUGUUUUGCUAAUGCUAACAGUGACGUUGAAGUUAUGAAAUGUGUUACGCUAACUGGCCUCUCCUGUUUGCCUCUGCUGUCUGUUAGCCUCCAGCUAAACCCCCCUCCCCUCCGAUGGUACACCGUGUUAACUUUCGUUUAUUUGCAGGAUUUUGAGCCCAAAAAAGAGUAAUGUCCUGUCCAUGCACUUCGGCUGCCAGGUUGCUUCUGAACACAGCACACAGAGGUAAGGAAGCAGAAAGCACACAUAUCCCAGUAAGUUGGUUAAAACUGCAUGACAUUGUGCUGUGUGUGCUCCAGUACAGCCUGUAAAGUAGGUCUCCAGUUCACCCACACCGCUGUUUGUUAUGAGAGUCACGUAAUGUCAGCAGCAGGUGGAAAAGUUGGUAAAAAAAAAUGCAGCAAUUGCAGUCAAGCCAUCGUGGUUGCAUCACCUAAACUGUUACAAAGUUGAACAGCUGUGGUCCAACUUCAGGGGUCAUAACAAAAUGAAAUCAACUCAGCUGAAAACACCAAAUACUGUUAUGUAAGAGCAUCUUAGCUAACCUGUUACAUCUGUCAGCUGUCGAGAGAAAAUCAAAUUAAAAAAUAUCCAUACAAAUUCACAUCAUAUCAUGCUUCUCUUUGAAUAUACAGUGAAUAUUACCUGCAGAUGCAUUAAUUUGCUUUUUCCCCGGUAGAAUUUGAUCUACUAAUCGCUUGUUCGAUAGCUCUAGCCCGUUAUGAGAGAACAGGACAGUCGAUGACCGUAACGCCAAUACCCCCCUUGUUAAACAAGAAAUAUACCGUAUUUUUAUAUUUGCAUUUAAUGAAACACAACACCAUUUAAAAACAACAAUCAAAAUAUUUAUACUUGAAUACACAUUUUCUCUAGUAAAAGGUUGUGUAAAAUAUUGCCACCAUAGAUGGACGAAUUUCUGUCCAACUAUCCGUCAUAACUAAAACAAGAAACAAAUAUAAGGUAGAUAUUUCAGUUUUAAAAAUCAAAAAAAAAAAGAAAAAAAUCGAAUAUAUGUUAUUUAAUAAUUCCAUGCACAUAAAAAUUAUUAAACAUGUUUUUUUUCUUACCAGUAAUAUGUUAUGUAGCUGGAUUUUAAAUGUAUUCAUGAAAUAGAAAACAACAGUUGGUCAUGCCAUAGAUUUCAUGAUAUGUACAUCAAAAGCAACAACAAACUACAUUAUCUGUACAUCCUGACAGGAUUCAUAAUACACACUAGUCAGUUACAGUUUCAGGUUAAAGUUUCUGUUAUGUAUGAUGAAGGAAAAAGAGAUUAUCAUUAAUUAUUGUUGCUAUUAUAAUAAUUACUAUGGUGGCCUUUCACCCUGUUGGCAUUGAUGCUGAUGGAAUGCCAUUUUUUUCAAAAUGCCAAUAACUGUCCUUAUUAAUCAGUCAGUCGGUCAAUUUUCCAAUAGGAUGUGUUCUCAACUAAGAGAAUGUGUAAUGCGGGGCUGCAACAGUUUUCAUAAUCAGUGAAUAGCAUUCAUGUUUUUUUUUUAAACUGAAUAAUCUUUGAAGAGUGGGUUUGUUGGGGGAAAUAUGAGAAAGUUUUCCAGAGCCAAGGUGACAUCUAAAGGUGUCUUGUUUUGUCUUAUUUGCUGUUUGCUGCCUGCAUUAUUUUUUUUUGAAGAAUUUGUUGUUUCAAGGAAAAAACACUUAAACAUAUUUUUUCAUGUUUCAGGUCUGUCCUGCUCUCGAAUCCAGUUUUAUUCUCUGAGUCGUCAGGGGUCACGAGAAACUCACUUACCUGCACGGGUGAGGGUGAGGUCAUUUUCAGAGACUUCUGUCUGCUAUGCCGCCAAAGAUGGGACAACAAAGGACAGUGGGAGUGACGGUGGAAAGGUAACAUCAUUUGAGGCUCUUUUUCAACAUGGUCUCAUAUAACAUUUUGUUCUCUGAACUAAUAGUGCUUCAUCUGUGCUGAUACGGUCAUGUUUACACAGAAAAGCAUCAGUGAAGGCAAGAGGCUAUCUGGUUCUGGAGGAUCAGGCAAGGGGGGAAGCCAGCUACGCUGCCCUAAAUGUGGAGAUCCCUGCACACAUGUAGAGACCUUUGUCUGUGAGUAAACCUGUUGAUUUUCAGUAUUAAUGUAUGUAUCAGAUUUGAAAUUAUAGUGUGAAGAAACUAACAGUAUUAAGCAGAACAGACCUAGUAAAGUGGAAAAAGAACAUUUUCAGCUAACUUAAACAUCCUUUUGUUUUUGUCAGCUUAAAAUGAGCCUGUUACAUCCACAUAAAAACAGGGUACCUUCCACAGAGGCCUCUAUCGUUCACUUCUACAUUUCUACUGUAGCAUAAAACUGUCCAACUGGCGACAUACACAGAGAGGGCCUGGGGAACAAUUAAAUGUACAGUCAUGUAAUGAAAUAGUCAUUUUUAUUUAAAAGAAAAAGUUAUUAGAAGUAGUCGGCAAGGAGGAGGGGGUUGGAGAUGUGUUUCCUGAAACUGACACCCAUGGUUUUUGCGGCGCAGACUCGUGUUGAACUCAAACACAGUUGUGUAAACAUAUAACACAAACAAAGUACACUCAAGCAACCACAAAAGGAAAUUUCUGAGCAGUUUGUCAAAAUAAAAACCAAGAAGUAAACUGAGCCGUUGGUGUCUGAUGAAAGUUGACAUGUUUGUGUUAUCUUAAACGGUGUUUUCAUGAGCUUAAAAGCUGCUGCUUGGUUCAACUGUGAAGGUUAAUCAGAAAUGUACUACUCAGUAAUGUCACAGACGUUUGUGCCAGUAAUGAAGCCGUAUUGUUGUUAAAAAAGUAUUGUUGUGUUAUGAUGUUUGAAAGAGUUUCAGAUGUCUCAAAAGCCUUUUUCAGAUGAAAAACGUUUUGUUCUUUUGCAGCAUCAACACGAUUCGUCAAGUGUGAGAAAUGUCAUCACUUCUUUGUGGUUCUGUCUGAAACGGACUCCAAGAAGGGGCUAAACAAAGAACCAGAAUCUGCUGCAGAGGCCGUCAAACUGGCAUUUGCACAAAAGCCUCCCCCUCCCCCGAAGAAGGUGAGACAUUGAUGCAAAAAGUUAAUGAGUCAAAAUAUUUUUUUAAAUGGAGAUCCGUUUUAUGUUCAUAGUCUCUUUAGAUUAUUUUUUUGCUGUUUUGAAUUAUGAAUGAAUUACGAAUUUUUCCCUUUUCAGAUAUACGCUUAUCUUGAUAAGUAUGUGGUUGGCCAGUCUUAUGCAAAAAAGGUGUUGGCAGUGGCUGUGUAUAAUCACUACAAGCGCAUCUACAACAACAUCCCAGCUGGGAGUCGACAGCAGGUGGAAGUGGAGAAACAGCCCUCUCUAACACCUCGUGGUUAGUACUAUUGUUGCUAAAGUGUGAUUUUUCCCUGAUAGCUGUUCGUCAAAUAUUGGAGAAGAGUUGAGCAAGAAAGAGCACCAUCAGUCUUUUUUCUUUUGGUCUUUUAAAAAUUAUUACUUAUGUAAUGAAUGUUCAUGAAUUAAUUGUAUAUGAUCACUUGUGUAAAUUGAUCUCCUGUUGAUUUUCCUCCCUGUCAUUUAGCUCGGUUGUCUAAUCUGGAAAAAAAUUAAGCAAAAAGCAAAUUAAAUCAGACAACCUGAUAUGUUUUCCUGUCUGUGGAGCAAAGCCCCCACCACAAAGACAAACAGGUUCUUUUGGCUUGUGACAGUCAGACAAAAAUGUUAAUGUUCUUAAUUAUAAGUCUUUGGACAAAAUCCGCUUUACUCGGAUAUUUAGUGGUUAGCUUUGACCUCAUUUUGGUCAACUGUUUUUGUCUUUUUGCUCAGACAGACAGUGCCUGUGAGGCAACUGUAUUUUGAGUAUAGUUCUGAGAUUUAACAAAGUUUCAAAAUCAAUCUCCCAAACGGAUGUCAGCUUUACUGAAAACAAAGUUGAUUUGGUUUGAUUUCUAUAUUAAGUCUCCUUCUUGAAACUGUUUGGACUAGUUUGGAUUUUAGUGCACAUUUAAUUAGAUAUUACACUCAAUCAAGAGCCAUUACCUCUUAUCAAAUCCACACGAAUGACUGAUAGGACUUUUUAUCAUAUCAUCAUACAAGAUCUUGAAUCAUAAUCUGUAUAAUUUGGCAUUUGUUCAAUGAUUGUCACACACAAUCAUAAAGAGAUUUUUGCUGGGCUGUACUGAUAAUGUCAUAACGGUAAUGAUUAAUGAUAAUAUUGAUCGAGUACUCUCAUCCUCUCCCCCCCACCCCCCGUAGAGCUAGAGAUGAGAAGACGAGAGGAUGAAUACAGAUUCACAAGUAAGUGAUUGGUCCUCUUUAGUGUUAUUUUUGAGCUUUAACGUUUGAAAACAAUUCCUAAACUUUAUUUUUGCGAGUUGCACAAAUGCCAAAAUGUACAGUGGCUCCUUAGAUAGUUUAGAUAUUUGAAAGGAAAUGUUUAUUGUUUGUCCUGAGAAUUAAAUAGGUUUAGUGAUCAUUUGAAGCCCUUUUAAAGGCACUUCAUCCACACCAGAUGGGACAGUUUAUAUCAUUCUAGGACAUAGUGCUCCACUUCUGUAACGACCGACAGCUGUGAGUUUAUUCACCUACUUUCUAUGUGUACAGAAGUGAAGCAGUAAAAUGAAGCUUGGUAAUCUGUGCCUGUCCGGACAAUAAGAUAAAGUAGCCCAGUGACCUACAUUCACAUCAACUUUAGCUAUUUUUGGUCCGGCUUUCACCCCUUCGUAACUUCACUCUGGCAUGGACCAGGGCACACAUAUUUUUAGCCUGGACAUGGAAACUGUUGCUAUGUACAACCUAACACUCAUGCAAAGCAACAAUGCACAGCUUGUUUGAAUAGCCCAGCAAUUCAAAAAGAAAGUUUUUUUUAGUUAUUUUGUUUUUCAGAAAGCUAGAGCCUUUACUUUUCCUUGUUUUUGCAGAGUUGCUGCAGAUUGCAGGCAUCAGUCCUCAUGGGAAUGCUCUGGGGGCGUCCAUGCAGCAACAAGCGAGCCAGCAGGCACCUCAGGAAAGGAGAGGCGGGGAGGUCUUGGACUCCACACACACUGACAUUAAACUGGAGAAGAGUAACAUCAUACUUCUAGGUCCAACUGGCUCAGGUUUGUGUCUCGCUAAAAAUGUCCUAAAUAAUAACGGAGCGGGGCGACACUGAGAACAACUCUCAGAUGACUGUUUGUGUCGAUCCGUGCAGAAAUGUCUUCUCAAACUGAUCUAACAUUUUCACAGGGAAAACACUGCUGGCCCAGACACUGGCACGUUGUCUGGAUGUUCCCUUUGCCAUUUGUGACUGCACCACACUAACUCAAGCCGGAUACGUGGGAGAGGAUAUCGAGUCAGUUAUUGCCAAACUGCUCCAAGAUGCCAACUACUCUGUGGAUAAAGCACAACAAGGUGGGCAGAGGGAACACAUUUAACAGCGGAGUAGUUUCCCAUGAUACCGUAUUUUUUCUGCUAAACACAAGAAUGAAAACAAAUGGCUACAGCACUGUGUGCCUGUAAGUACUAAACCGCAUAUCUACUCAUUAAACUUUCGUCAUUUAACAUUUAUAUUGUAAUGGAAAAAGUAGAUGAAGUCUUACAGUUCAUGUUUUAUUCAAAAGGUGAUGUGCUGUUUUGAUAAGAUGGAACUUUACCCCCAAAAUACAUUUAAAAGAACUCAGGAUCGCCUCAGGUUUGGUCUGUAAAAUAAGUUUACCUCUCAUGACCAAGAUCAGCCAUGACUCACUUCUGUUGUCAGAGGGAUGAAUGAUGGAAAGACACAUGGAACAAAAUGGCACAGAAAUAGGAGAAGUUGAUCACAAACUGGGGUGUCUGUUUCCGCAAAGAAAACAGCUGUCAAAGAGCCAAGAAAUAAGAUGUUACUGAGUGGAACUUCCCAAGAUUGAAAAACAGAUCAAGCCUCUUACCAAAGAAAUCAUACAUCUGAGAGACUGCAAGUUAUUUCAGUUUCUAUGGAAAUAAAAAAAAUCCUGUCCUGCACAUGAAGAGUUUGAGGACAGACAUGAACUCCUAAAGGUCUGUAUGAACAUCAUGACACAGUGACAAGAAGGCCUUUGCCCUCAGUUAGCCUCCAUGCAGGACAAAAGGAUUAACUUUGUUCAGAUAAGGGUCAACUAGAGCAUUAAUGCUCUGAAAAAAAGACAAAGGAUUGAGUCGAUGAUUAUUACUGUUGUAACUGUGGAUAGUUGACUGUAUUGAUACAGUUUGAACCUCAUGCAGAGUGGAGUCCCACUGCUCACUUUAUCCCUCUGUUUUUAAUCACCGUAACGCUCUUAGUUUUGUGGUUUGUGGUUUUUUUAAGAGAAGGUUUGUGAGGUUCACUGUCAGCCACACUGUUGCCUUUUCACUGUUAUGUUUACUACAGCGUUGCUGAUUUACUUUAGUGACCCCAGACACUUAAUUUACAUCACCUCCACAGCCUUCAUUAUGGUGUGCUGUCUUCUAUAUACAAAGACAGUGUUGUCAAAACAGAGGUAACACUGUCUUUAUAGCUGGUUGAAUAUAAUUACUAUGAGAAAGGACCAAGUUACUGAAAAAGGUCAAACGCACUUACCAAGAGUGAACUCAUUUUAAGAUUAUAGAACAUUCAAAGGAGCAUCACUGUUAGUUUUUAUUCAGCUACAGCCUAUUUGCAUGUCCAAGUUACAUUUUCAAUGACUAUUCCUUAUAUGGGUGAGAAAUGUGCUCUUAAAAGGAACAGGAAGGAAGCAGGAAGAAGCAGGACAAUUAUCGAACCAAAGUGGUACUGACAGAAAUAAACAACAGCAUCCCAGGGUGUUUCCUUCACAUUUGAAUUCCCCUAAACUAUUUCAAAAUGGACUUUUGUGAAGUAAAAUUGAAGCUGUACUGUGAAACAAACUGUGUUGGUAUAAAUGUAUGACACCCAGGGACUUUCUGGGGUCAUGAUAUCAACUGAAACUGUUGAAUUUCAUGUGCAGGUAUUGUAUUUCUGGAUGAAGUUGAUAAGAUUGGCAGUGUGCCUGGAAUCCAUCAGCUGAGAGACGUAGGAGGAGAGGGAGUCCAGCAGGUCAGUGUUCAGUCCGAAUCACAGUGAACAAACUUCUGAACAGCCAGCUUUGUAUGUUAAGAAGUUAGAUCUAAAAUGAAUGGACACAGAUUUUACUGAGUCACCCUGACUUGUCUUUUUUUCCCACUUCCUGUAUUGGUUUAUUUGCUGUAGACUCAUGUAACUGAUUUUUUUUACCUUUUCCUUUCUGUCAGGGUUUGCUCAAACUCUUGGAGGGAACAAUUGUCAAUGUUCCUGAGAAAAACUCCCGGAAACUGAGAGGAGAAACGGUGCAGGUAGACACAACAAACAUUCUGUUUGUUGCAUCUGGUGCCUUUAAUGGACUUGACAGAAUCAUAAGCAGACGAAAGAAUGAAAAGGUGAAUUCAAAACCCCGACAUUACGCAAAAAUCCUGUUUCCUUUUCCUUCCUGUCUUCAACAUAAUCCUCUUUUUUGAUGAUUUCCAGUAUUUGGGCUUUGGAACUCCCUCCAAUCUGGGUAAAGGGCGCCGUGCAGCGGCUGCUGCAGACUUGGCCAACACCAGUGGUGAGACAGACACGGUAGCAGAGAUAGAAGAGAAAGACAGGCUGCUGAAGCACGUGGAGGCCAGGGACCUGAUCGAGUUUGGAAUGAUUCCAGAAUUUGUUGGCCGUCUUCCCGUUGUUGUUCCUCUGCAUAGUCUGGACGAAGAAACACUCGUCAGAAUCCUGACUGAACCCCGCAAUGCUGUGGUGCCCCAGUACCAGGCUCUGUUCAGCAUGGACAAAGUAAGGGCUCUAAUGGAGAUGUUGCUACAGUGUUAAGCUGUGUUUAGUCAGGCAUCCGCAUUGUGUUUUAAAAAAUCCAGGCCCCCCUCAUCUAUGGACCAGAAAUGCUCUGUUUGUGGAGUGAGGGUCUCAAUGAGGGGGCCCUGGCAAACCCGUGGUUACCUUAAUUCAGUGCAGCUCCAUCCACUCUCAACACCACAAGUGAACAUUCCUGUUGCAGGACAUUGUAAAAAAAAUGAGUUUGUUUUUUUUACCGUUGGAUUUUGAAAACAAAUAAUAUCACAGCUGCCCCAUGUGAGAACUCAAGUUGUGAAAUGUUGCUCUGCAGCAAUAUUGGAAAGUGUCUUUUAUUUCUAAGGCACUCCCACAUUGAAAGAUGUACCACCCAAACCUUAAAUGUUUUUCUCUCUGGUUUUGGCCCUGAUCUUUCGCUGUUGUUUCAGUGAAAAUAUUUAAUCUACCUUAACACCUGGAUAUUUACAGUUGUAAUUAAUCUUUAAUGUUUUGUUUCAGUGUGAUCUAAAUGUGAAUCAAGAUGCCUUAAGGGCCAUAGCCAGGAUGGCUCUUGAAAGAAAAACUGGUGCUCGUGGGCUCAGAUCUAUAAUGGUAAGUUUUAUGCUCCGGUUAGUAAACACUAUUACUCUCUGUAGCUAAAAUAUUAAACAAAUCUUCACUGUUUGCAGGAAAAACUCCUCCUGGAGCCCAUGUUUGAGGUGCCGCACUCUGACAUCAUUGCUGUCGAGCUGGACCAAGAAGUUGUCCAAGGCAAAGCACAACCUAGAUACAUCAGGUCAGUAUCUCACUAGCCACAGGACAGAGACAAAUAUGUGUUAUGUAAGAGAUCAGAUUUCUUGAGCCCAGCGCUCUGAGUGUCUAACCCAGCGUGCUUUGAAACCUGAACCAGACCUUCCAUUUGAAUUUCAGGGCUCCAGCCAAAGAGUCCGCCGAGGAGGAAUACGACUCGGGCAUCGAGGAAGAGAACUGGCCUCGGCAGGCGGACGCUGCUAACAACUGAACCACAUGUCACUCAUUUCACCUCAGACUCCCUCUGAAAUCUCUAGAUUACCAUGAACCUCCAGAAACCAACUUUGGGUUUAUUAUAGCUCCUGAAAAACAAGCUCUGGACAUUGUGUAAAAGGCUGGUGGUUCUUAUCCAGGAGUGUUUCAUGAUGAACAAGUUAAGAGAGCGAAACAACCUUUGGUCCUGUGCAUCAGAUGAUAAUUCUUUAGCCAUGCACCUGAAGGAUGGACCUUUAUGAAAUAUUUCAAUCUCUGGGGAUUGUUAACAUUUUAUCUAUAUAAAGAUAAUGCAAUUUUAUUCAUGAAAGGAUUUGUAGUUAGUUAAUUUGUUUUCUCUCUUUGUGGUGAUGGGCUGUCAUGGCAAGGGAAGCAAAUGGAAACAAUGGGAUCAUACUGAACACUUGAAAAUGUGGGGCGCAGAGAAAGUGUGGAUGUGAUGUUACCAUGUUAAGUAAUGCCUUAUAUCAUAAGGGCAUAAUAUUCCAUGAGCACAUCAAUAUUUUGAUGUUUUCUCCUGUAUCACCAUUGUAAUAAUGGUGUUCACAGUAAAAACCGGGCUGUAAAUGUUGAGCUACACUGCCUAGGUAGCAUUUGUAAGCAGUUUAUAUGACAUUACCUCUAAUUAGGAGAACACAUUGUGUCGUGUAACGCACCAGCACACUAAACGGAGCAGGUGUAAAUUAAUGGUGACCUUUUAAACAGCCAGAAUGGUUAUUUUUCAGUGUUUAGCUUCCUUUUCUAGUCGACUGUUUAGGGAAUGUAUAUGUAUUACAACUAUCAGGCCUCUUCUGGAUCACGGGACUGGGUGGGAGGACUGUCUCUCAGAGCAGGAUUAGCAGGUUAGCUGGCUAACUUAGAAGUGGGAAUGAAACAACUAGUAGAUGUCCUCUUAUAAACAUGUUCUUAAACAUAUUUUAAAACUCGACAUUCAACCUUAUAAUUGAACGUCACUGUUUCAGUCAGCUGGCUGCUGCUCUAAACCUGCUCUGUGAGACAUUCCUCACAUCAGCACAGGUACCUUUGUCUUCUUCUUCAGUGUGCCCCAGCUUUGGAAACUCACCUUUAGUGAUGUGUAAUGCCCUGUUACUAAAAAGUACUCAACACACACAUCUGUAAUCUGACUUCCCUCUUAUUGCUCUCUGACUGAACUGAACCACGCUGCUGUACUCCUUAAUAAAAAAAAAACUGUUUGUGCUAUCGAAUGAGAUUAAACUAGAUCUGUUCUCCUUUUACUUUAAGUUUCCUUUUCUUUCUUUUAAAAUGCUUUUCUGUUUCCAGAGGUCUGUUACAGAUCCUGCAAUCCCUUUUCCCCCAAAGUUUGUGACACUUAUUUCAUUGUGAUUGUUUCAAAAUAUAUAAAUAAAAUUAAAUCUCUGUACAGGA